AAUAAUCCGAACGAUCUCAGCGCACUCUAUCAUGCAAAACAGGAAAGACGCACUAGGGAAAAAUCACUAACUCAACUCACUAAGCCAGACACUCAUACCCCAUAUUACCUAACAUUAGAACACGGUCAGCCAUCCCAAACCAAAUAUCUUUCAGACAAGAUGAUUGCAACAACAGCUCCGAAAAUCCUGAACGCGGCCAAAGUUGGUAUCGCCGCUACAAGGCAGAUGAGCGCGAUUUCGGGCCCCCCGACCGUUCGCAUUAGCUUCGCCGAGAAAAUAGCCCAUGGCACCGUCAUCGCCGUGAGUGUCCUCGCCAUGCCUGCUUGGGUUCUUACCCAUGUGCGGGAAUACAGGGGCUUGUCUUAAAGGGGCAAUUCCACUGUGUUAAUAAAUGUAAUGUAGGACAACUCGUGUAAAUGUAAAUUACAAAUAAAGUAAAUAAAUUAACUGAUUUCAAAAUAA